AUGGUCUUGCCAGCGCCCUUGUUCCAACUACAAUGCGAGACAAACCAGUACGAAUGGGGAAAACUCGGCAAGGAUUCCAAGGCUGCUCAAUUCGCGGUAGCCACCAAGGAGUCCAAUUUGACGAUUGACGACAAGAAGCCAUACGCCGAGCUCUGGAUGGGUACGCACAGCUCCGGGCCAUCGAAAGUUCUGCCAGAAGGCGUUCUACUGAGUGAAGUUCUUGAAGGAAAUGAAAUGCUCUGCGGCAAGGAAGUGGCGGAUACGUAUGAGGGCAAGCUGCCAUUCUUAUUCAAGGUUCUUUCCAUUGAGAAGGCGCUCUCGAUCCAAGCCCAUCCAACCAAGGAGCUUGCCAAGAAACUGCAUGCUGAAGAUCCAAAGAACUACAAGGACGACAACCAUAAACCAGAGAUGGCUAUAGCCAUUACCCCAUUCGAGGGUUUCUGUGGUUUCAGACCAGUCGAGCAGAUUGUGACCUUUCUUCGGCAAGUGCCUGCUUUCACUCAACUUAUUGGCCAAGAGUCAGCGGAUGCCUUUGAGAGGGAAGUGCAAGGCAAGGAGACCAGCAAAGACAAAGCUGAUGUGGAAAGCAAUAGGAAAGCGCUCAAGGAGCUAUUCACCAAGCUUAUGAACACCUCCGAGCAGGAUCUGAAAUCAGCGUGCGAUGCCUUGACAAUUGCAUCGCUGAUUGUUAGACUCAACGACCAGUUUCCGAGGGACAUUGGCCUCUUCUGCACCUUCUUCCUCAACUACGUCACACUACAACCUGGCGAGUCCAUAUUCUUGCGGGCCCUCGAUGCACAUGCCUAUAUCUCAGGCGACAUUAUGGAAUGCAUGGCAGCAAGUGAUAAUGUCAUUCGAGCUGGCUUCACUCCAAAAUUCAAGGAUGUCAAGAAUCUCACUGAGAUGCUGACCUAUGCUUAUGCAGCGCCUCAGGAUCAGCUCAUGAAGCCUGUCAAGUGGGAGGGUGCUGCAUCGACGUCAGAAGAUAAUGGCUGCAAGUCUCUAUUGUAUGACCCGCCCAUUGAGGAGUUCAGUGUUGUGCAAACAGAGGUGCCAGGUGGCAAGCAGGAGGUCCACAAGGGUGUGCAAGGGCCGAGCAUCCUCAUUGCUACCUCUGGCGACGGUAAGCUGACUGUUGGCAAUAAGACAUUGGAGUUUGUCCAGGGUCAAGUCUUCUUUGUCGGCGCGACAGCUGAACUCACCAUUUCGGCAGACAAGGAUGUGGUGAUUUACCGCGCUUUUGUCGAGGUGAAUUGCGCAAAUGGCUCAGAAGAGCGCCCAGAUCGGUCACCUCAGCUGAAGCGGCGAAAGACUGAUGAUGCCAAGAUGUAG